UGUCCCGCUCAGGCGACCAACACCAAGAUGAGAAACACAUACCUCUCGAAAGAUGAUAAAAAGCUGAUGAAGCCCGUCAUAGAAAAGAGAAGACGGGACAGGAUAAACCAGAGUUUAGAGAAUCUCAGGACGCUUCUUCUAGACGCCACACAGGAUGAGUCAUUAAAGAAUCCUAAAACAGAGAAAGCUGACAUUUUGAAAAAGACUGUGCAGUUUUUAAAACUGUGUCAUAAUUCAGGACCAGAAGAUGCCAAAAAGGCAACGUCUGGGUUCAAUAAUGGAUUUCAGGAAGGCCUGAGCCAAGCUACCAACUUCAUAAGCUCCAGGUCUACUAUCUGUGAGAAGAAGAGAGACUAUGUUGUCGGAAAACUUUGUCAGCACAUAGAAGAGAGGAGUCCCAACGAGUGGGAAGAAUCGGCAUCUGAUGACUCGUUUUGCGUUGACCAAAGCCAACUUAUACCAAGUCCUCCUCAAAUCUCCAGGAUCCCUGAACAUGCCUUAACCAUGAAUCCAGAAAGACUCCAUUGUCAACCCUUUCUUCACUACCCCUCACCCACCAUUUCAACAGAGGCCCAAACUUUUGGCCAAGUUCAACAGUCUUCCACACACAAGUCGAACCAGUCCAUACUCCAAGCCAACAGCUGUAGAAAGUCUGUUCAAAGGACUCUUUUCCCCCCAGUUGCCCCUAGCCCAGUUCUUUCUUCAACUCUUGUAUGGCGACCUUGGCCUUAA